AGAGUCACAUUUUAUCAACGAAAUUCCUCGAAUAAUAUUUUAUCUCUUCCCUUCCCACCCCUUUCACUGUUUGAUUCAUAUUCGUUCCUCGGUUUGAGUUCCGGUAUUGGAUUUCAUAAUCAGUUACAUCUAUAUUUUAUAGCUAUCUCAUAUUGAAUUUCAGCUCACUUACAUACCUCCACUACUCAAGUAUAUCUCAACUCGGUCUUACUUGAGUGUCUCCCGUGUUAGUCGGAAUCUCCCAAAAUGGAAAGUGGGAUGCCAACGCCUCCCCUUGAGGACAACAUGAAUAUGAAGACCACAACAUCAUCCAAGAGGAAUACUGCUUCUAGUAACAAAUCUGUGAAGCCAAUACAUCGAGGCGGCAAGCGAGCUGCCAAUCAUCUCGCCCACUCUCCUUCUCACGACCACCCGCCCCUCUCACCGCAUGCCAUUGACAACAGGCAUAAGCGAGUAUGGAAAGCUUGUGAGCGAUGCAGAAUGAAGAAGACAAAGUGUGACGGAGAGUUCCCGUGUAAGAGGUGUAAGGAUGAUGGCUUGGUAUGUACAGCAGGUACACGAAAGAAGACGGAAUACAAGCAGUUGCCUAGAGGGUAUGCGGAGGUUUUAGAAAAUACGCAGUUUGCCUUGAUUGCCACCGUACACAAGCUAUACGCCAUGGUCAGGAAUGGGCAAUCGUGGGACUUGGGAGAGCCGGAAUUGAAUGAGAGGGGUCAGCCUAUCAUUCACAACAUCGCAACGAAGCUCGGGUGCAUACGACCCAAUGCGGACGCCGACCUCCCCCCUCAUUCAGUUUUCCCAGAAGAUGAAGCAGGAUUAGCGAAACUAGCUGCCGAGCUAGAUGUGCAACAGCAGGAAAGAGAAACGCAUUCGACAGAACACCGAUCCGAAACAGAUUCAAAUUCCACGAGAACGGAUCGGGCAAGCUCUUCGGAGCUUGACCACUCGGACUUCGAGCAGGAUUACAGGAAGGUGAUGCUAGGUGGGCAAAAUUUGCAGACAAUGUCACCUCAGAGCUUAACAUACGAUCUGGAUACCAAUACUAUACAAUCCGAAAUCGAGUCGCCCGGGAGUCUUUUCGCCGUCCAAUCACCCUCAGCUCCGUCGUCUUUUCCUACGUGGAACAUGAGCAGACCUAGCUCGAUAGACCUAUCACCGCAAUUUAUACAAGGGAUGGAUAUAGACAUGGCAGAGAUCAUGUUGAGUCAAGGGCUCGUCGAGUCGGAAUUUGGCACGAUUAAGCCUCACAUGAUACAAUGUCCAAACCCCGAGGUGAUGCUGGGGGUUGGAGAUCCGAUGAUCUACUCGGGAUACAAUAUGGAAUCAUUACGAUCAUGAAUAUGAACACGGAUAGGUCUAGACUGGCGUUGACGUCCUGGUCACGGGGCAUACGGGAAAGGCGAAAAAGGGGGGCUGCAAUCGUUUUCGACUCAUAUACACACUUCGUUUAUUGCACGGCGUUUAUGGGUUUGGCUGGCUGAGCUGGCUGGCAGUGAACAAGCAAUCGCAUCCUUUACACACGCAACACACAACAC